GCCACGCCGUACAUGGAUAGCUCUGAGACCUCGAAAAUCUAGAUCUCAUCACAUGACCCAAUCAACCUAUCACGAUCCAACAACCACAACAACAUCACCUCAAUCUGACGACGAAGUUGAGACACAGCAAUCAGCAUACAAUGUCCCCCUCCAAUCUCCUCUAAGCUAUUCGAUUCAUCAAUGAAUCAUACCAACCUAUCAAACUUUUCCCAUCUCAAACAAUCACAGCGAGAAUGAGUCUUAUCACAUGUUUCACAUAGCAUAAUCUCUAUCCAGAAGAUGAAACCACACUCUGGGUGAGCCUUGGCGAGAGAUUUGAAGCAGUGCUCAAUUUAAGCAUGAUUUGAUACAUGCCAUCAUGUGCCAUCAGAUCUUCGGACAUUGUAGACCUGAUGUUCUGAUGGAAUUAUAUUUGUAUUUUUGCCGAUGUUCCGAAUUGGAAAGAUGGGUUGAAACAGAGGAGGAAGAGAAAGAGGGUCUGACAACAAGAAAGUUCACGAACGGGAUCCUUGGAAUGAAGGCAGUGCGACUACUGCUCCAAACUAUCUCUACCUCACCUCACCUCAAUUUACCUCAUUCGCCCUACCAUGACUUGUGCGCAAAUCCCUUGGCCGAUUUCAGAACCGUCUGA